UUUAAGGAAGUGGACUCUCGUUUUGAGCACAUGACUUGUGGUACUGCAGCGCACCACCACAACAAAAAAACGGUCGUAGUUUUGUUUUGUCUCUUUUUUUCCACGAGCUAGUGAUUUUGGUUGGUAUUGUUAUUUUCAGAAUGAAACUGCGGUACUUAGUCGUUGCUCUGUGCUUCGGUGUCGGUGUAAUGGCCGGGAAAUACUCUCGUGAAACUAACGAGCCCAAACCUAGCGGCAGUGAUGGGCAGACGGUGGAGUUCAGGAUAGCUAAAUUGAACCAGGUGUGGGAGAAAGCAAAACGGAUGCAGUUGUCUCCAGUGCGGCACGCCGAGCUGCACAGUGACCUGAAGAUUCAGGAGAAAGAUGAGCUGCAGUGGAAGAAGGUGAAAGUGGAAGGGCUGGAUGAAAAUGGGGAGAAAGAAGCUCAGCUCCGACGUAACUUCAAUGUGAUCCUGGCCAAAUAUGGAAUGGAUGGGAAAAGAGACACUCGACCAUUGGAGAGCAACUACCUGAAGGACCACGACACCAAAGAUGGAGACGUGUUUGAAGACCCUAGACUGGAUAAACUGUGGAACAAGGCCAAGAGCUCUGGGAAGUUCUCCAAUGAGGAAUUACUGAGUCUAAAGAGGGAGUUCCAGCAUCACAAGGACAAGACCCAUGAGUACAACAUCCUCAUGGAUACAGUCAGCAGGACCGAAGAAAUACACAAAAAUGUAAUAUCUCCCCUGGAGGGGGACACAAAAGAACAUCUGCUACACCAGAAGCACACAGACCUGAAGCAGAAGAUGAGAGACCUCAGCCAGGGCUUUGAGCGCCUCCGUAAACUGAGCCACGAGGGCUUCACCGAAGACAGCGAGUUUCGGGAGCCCCGUGUGAUUGAACUGUGGGAAGCUGCCAAGAGAGCGAACCUCAGCGACGAUGAGUUGGACUCUCUCAAGGAGGAGCUGCGUCACUUUGAGACCAAAGUGGAGAAGCACAGCCAUUACCAGGAGCAGCUGGAGCUUUCUCACCAGAAGUUGCGUCAUGUCGAGUCUUUAGGAGACAAGGAGCACAUCAGGAGGAACCAGGAGAAGUACGACUCACUAGCUGAGAAAACCAGGGAGAUGGGUUACAAGAUGAAGAAGCAUAUGCUGGACCUAUCUAACAAGAUCUCACGUGAGGGACUCAAGCAUAAUGAGCUUUGAGGCUCGGAACAAUUCCAUCUGAAAACCCCACAGCCCGUCUUUUCUAAUGUUUUUUUGAAGGAUUUGUUUGUACACAAAACACUAUACAUAGGAAUCUACUACUACAUGCAUUUGUACAACUAAUGACUAACUAAAAAUAUGGUCAUAGUCCCAAAACAUUAACAUGUCAUGGGGGCAGCUGGUGAUUGGUUCAGGUCCCGGUGAGCUGACACCAGUUACAAAUCUAUAUAAUCUACAAUAGUAACUGUCUUUUGAAAUAUUCUGUUGCCUAAUCAAGGAAGCACUGAGAACUACAAACUUUAAUGUGAAAGAGGCAGGUGCAAACAGCAUACAGGAAUAUUUAAAAAAUAUAGUUUAAAAACUAUUUACAAAUCAUGUUGAUGAAAGCAGUCCCUGUAGUGCCAUGAACAGGCUAGCGUGGUGAGGUUUAUAGAACACUUUUUCUAAUCAGACGCAGAGACCUAAUUCACUCAUGAUGAAUAAUCUUCCUUGCUGGGCCUUGAUUAAUUCCAUGACAAGUUCCCCAGCUUGUGACAUACACCUGUGUUUAGUGCUAUUUCCUCAUAGAUGAUUGUUAGAAAUAACCUUAACGGAGUGUCACGAUGCAGACUUUUUUGUAUUUAUAAUUAGCUGAACUGUGUUUUUUAAUGAAAAGAAUCAGCAAAGAAAACUAUUUUGAAGUUUGAUAUUGCAGUCAGUCUGGUGGCUCUCCAGCUGAGUCAGCCUGUCCUCCCUGCCCUGCACAUGCUCCGCCCCCACUCGCUCAGCCGUUUCCAUGGCAGUGAUGUCGAGGUGGGCGUAUUUGAUGGCGCUCUCUUCUGGUCGGGAAAUCUGUGAUAAAGUGGAGAGAAGGGAAUAUUUGAUCUGCAGCCUAAAAUAGCUUCUUUCUGGAAUACAACUCCAAUAUUAUUAAAAUGUAUUAAAUUACUUUGCUCGAUCUAGCCAAUUCACAGCUUAGGAGUUUAUUUGUUUAAAAUGAUGUAACUUUAUCCUUUUUUUUAUGAAUAAAUUUUUUCCCCCAAUUUA